AUGAGCUCUAACGCCUUGCAGCAGUGCAUUAAAUGGGCUCAAAAUAAUGGCGCUUACAUUGACGAAAGAUUGGAGUUCAAGUACGAUCAACUCACCGGUGUUCAUGCUACUGCCCAAGCACCAAUAACUAGCAGCGAUGCUUUGCUGAAAAUACCAAACAAGUUACUUCUCCGUCGUCAGUUGGCGGAGGACCAUUUCGGAAAGAAAUUCAAUGCAGAUGUUAAUCCUAAUGCUCUUUUGCAACUGUACGUUGCUAAAUUGAAAUUUGAUGGUAGCUGCCAGGAAUCCACAUUUUUCAAACCAUAUCUGGAUUUACUUCCUAACCCUCAGGACAUUAACUCGCCCUAUUUUUGGACUGCUCAGGAACUCGGUGCUUUGAAAGGCACCGAAUUGCUGAUCAAAACGAGACGUAACUUGAAGAAAUUGAUCGGUGAGUGGUUUGAUGUGGUGACAAGCUUGAAAGCCGUAGAUGACCAGGAUACUCAAUUCUAUCUUCACUCGUCCUCAAGUGUGGAUCCUACAGAUCUUUUCUCCCGUAACGAAAAUCCAAAUUGGCACAGUUUUGAGGCGUACUUAUGGGCUACGUACAUCUUCUCUUCUCGUGCUUUCCCUGAAAUGAUUUUCAGUAAUGCAAACGUUGAAAAUAUCAACCAGGCAUUCUUGUUUCCCAUAGUCGAUCUGCUGAAUCAUGCCAAUGGAAAGAUCGUAAGCUGGAGAGAAGAUCCUGAUAAUAAUGCGGUGAACUUCAGUACUGGUGAGAAGCUUGCUGCAGGUGACGAAUUAUUCAAUAACUAUGGUGACAAGUCGAAUGAAGAAUUGCUGAUUGGUUACGGUUUCGCGAUCACUGAAAAUCAGUUUGAUUCGGCUACUUUAACUUUGAGACUUCCUCAAAAUCAGCUUUCGAGUUUGGAAGUAAUGGGCCUCAGAUUGAGUGACAUUAGCGCCACUGAUAGCUCGGUGAAUUUCCCGUUGUCAUGUCAGACACCACUCCCCGUUGAACUCAUUAAACUUUUCGGUAUACUGAACAAACUGACUUCCGAAGAGGUCCCCACCAUCAGAAGCACGCUAGAGGGGAUCACGCAACUGAGUGGUAUUAUGGAUCAAAAACUGGCUUUCUUCAAAGGUGCAUUCAAACUCAAAGUCUCCAUGGGCAAUGCACAAAGGUCCAAAGCCGCAAAGGUUUACAUUGCAGGACAGAAGCGGAUUUAUCAAGAAGCUUCAGAUUGCAUAAGAAAAUACCAAAAGAAACUAGUCAAAGAGGCAAAGCCGAUCUCAUUCAAGACACUUUUCAAAACCGACACGGUUUUUGUCAACAGCUUAACGUUAACGUUUGGAGUUACCAAAUACGAGGAUCUGGUUUACAAAGGACUUUUGCAACAAGCUCUUCUCAUAUGGAUUGUAAGGAGCUCUAACGGGGGGACAAGUAACACCGUUCCUGAAUUUAUUGUGACCACGUUCCAAGACGUGACCAACACCAUCGUUGUGGAUAAGGACGAUGUUCAAGAGUAUUUGCCCUUUUACAAGAGCCUUUUCCCACAGAUUACGACUAAAAUUCCUGAAGUUUACGGCAAGGGAGAUUGGGGAAUCAAGAGGUUUAUUGUUGCAGGAACUGUAAUUGACAGAUUAGUGUGGACGUCGCCUGUAUCGCAAGAAGCAUUUUUCUUCGAGAAAGUGCCAUUUUCGGCGCUAAAAUAG